UUCUGCACACAGCCAAUCCAGCCAAUCCCGCGCACAGGCAAAGGGCGUGUCGACUAUGUUGCCCUAUACAAUUGGACAAUAUGUGUUUGAGUGACAUCAGUUAAAUUUCUUCCCGAAAAGAAAUUCCUGUAAGACGUCUGACGCCUCGUGGUUGCAGAACUGUGUUUGCUUUUUGGAGUAACAAUGGCACGCAGGUGUUCUGGCCGAGACGUUUCACUCCUCCUCCUGUUUUUUACAUUGACUUGCACGCUUCUUGAUGCAUCAAGUCCGGUUGUGGACCAAGAGCUCUCCGACAUCAUCAACGAGCUCUGGAAGUUGGACACAAACCGCCUGAAGCCUGGGACGGACUAUACCAUCUCCUUGCAGGGGAAGGCGGGCUUCGUCACCCAGGGAACUAACACCGCCAGGGACCACGCCCAGUCUCCGCUUUUCUCCCAUGUUAACGAAGCCAAAUUAAAGAGCAUCAAGACCUACUCCAACUUCCUGGACUUGCUGGACAACUAUGAGAAGUCGACCGGCGUGACCGAGAAGGUCACCCCCGAGGAGCUGGCCGAGAACUACCGCUUCCUGGACUCCAUCCUGCAGACUGAGGUCAUGAAGCGUGCUCACAAGUACCUGGUCAGCAAGGGGAAGUCGAGCACAGACCUGAGGCUGUUUAAGAACCAGCUCUAUGACAUCUGGUUCCGCCUGUACCACAGAGACAGGAGUGCAGGGGAAGAUUCAUGCGGAUUUGAGCACGUGUUUGUCGGAGAGACGAAGUUCGGGAAGGAGAUCGCGGGUUUCCACAACUGGGUCCAGUUCUACAUGGAGGAGAAAAAUCACCACCUGGACUACAAGGGCUACAAAGCCAGGGACCAGGAUGUGCCAGACGAUAACGACCACGUGCUGAACGUGCAGUUCAGCUGGAACGGGCUGGUCAAACCGGUGGGCAGCUGCUUCAUCGGGGUCAGCCCCGAAUUCGAGGUGGCGCUCUUCACCAUCGUCUUCCUCAAGUCCACCGUGAGGGUGACCCACACCGUGAUCAACGUGGACGAGUACCAGCUGGAGGUGGUGGUGUACCGCCACGGACGCUCCAUCGGGACAUCCUACCCCAAACUCCUGAGCAGCAACAACAGGCACGUGUAGAUGCCUCCACACACCUACCCCGGUCCGGACUCAGCCGUCUGGUCCAAGUAGCUGGGGCCACAGAUCUGUUACAGUACGCUAUUCACUUAUCUCUGUGUCACUAUGUCCAUGUCACUUAUCUCUGUGUCACCAUGUCAUUAUUUACACUAUAUAACCAAAAGUAUCUGGACACCCCCUUGGUCUGGGGCUGUUCUCCAUGGUUUGACCUUGGCCCUUUAGCUCUAGUGCAGGCAAAUCUUAAUGCUACAGCAUAAAAUUAACAUUUGUCUUACAAAGCUCAUCCCUCUAUCGAGCUCAGUACUGUGUGAUCAGUGGCCUGGGUUCAGGAUUUGGCUGUCUGGUCCUGGAUAAGUGUGUGCAGGCAUUCAUGUAGAUGCGACCUGUGCAUUAAUACUCACAUAUAUAUUUGCAUUUGCUUUGCACUAAUAUUAAUAUGAGUAAGGCCUGCUGUGACUGCCAUAUAUCUGGUGCACCUUUCUGUCUCUCCUCUUUCUGUGUCUCUUCUCUUUCUGUCUCUCUCCUCUUUAUCUCAUAUCUUGGAGGUGGUCCUUCAUGAUCAAUGGACAGCCCAAAUUCGACACUUACGCCAGUGUUAGACUUUUGUGUGUCAGACAUGUAUUUCACCAUUUGGCCGUUCUCAGCCAUAGGAGGCUUCAAAGUGCUCGGCCAGCAUAGUCUGGAGAUAAGACAGUGCAGGAACUGGGGGGUUAGCCAUCUGAGAGAGGUAGGGGUGUGUCUGUGUGCAGCUCUUUUUUGGGCAAGUCAGUUUUGGGCAAGUUUUUUAGCAGUUGGACGUGGGCACUGAGUCCUGCAUCAAUGUCUGAUGUUCUUGGUUUAAUCUCUGGUUCUUUUGGAAUAUUCUGCUGCCUUUUGGUUACUGAAUUCUGGUCUUUGGGACAAAAGCUGUGGUCUGGUAUCUGCUUUCAUUCAUUUCAUGUCUGACUGCCCAUGUCUGUAACCUUUAAUUGUUUUAAGGUAGUUGAACCUCGUCUUUAGAUUAGACGUGAUUAUUUGUUGUAACUUAAUAAAUUUCUUCAUUUUCAUCAGGUUGUGGGUUGCACAUUUUGAUAAAGGGUGAUCCAACAGUUAACUCUGCCCAUCAACAAAUUCAGCGAUUUAAUUGAUAAUCAAUAUCUUUGAUAAUUAUUACCAAAUUAAAUCUAAUAAAUAUAUUUAAAUGUUAGAUAAGUGAGGUGUUUUAACUGUUAAUGCACUCAAACGAGCGUGUUAACGGUUAAAACUGCUGGGUUCGGAAAAUUAAACAUAUUUCAAUUAAUCCUCACCUUGCUGACGAGUUACGUACCAAGCAACUUCUAUGUACCCAAGACUUAAAACUGAAAUCCUGACUGGUAUGUGUAUUCCAAGAGUAGUGCUUGGUCAUCAGUUGCAUUUAGUUUGGUAUUAAUUAGAUCAAGGGUUGUGCAAAUUAGAUGUUUCUGCUUAAACUUUUAAACUAUAAGAAAUAUGCACAUGGAAUAUUUUCAAGAAUUUUCAUAAUUUUAUAUGUACCUAUAUUCAAGCUCUAUUUUAAGCAAGCAUUUUGGAUUGCUUCACUAGCUAUCCAAUGACGACAAUUUUACAACCGCAGUCUUCAUUUAAAGUCUUCAAUUUUAGUGCCCAUCCAAGUGAAUUAUAUAUUAUAUUAUAUAUUGCUUUAUAAGCAUCAAUGUUCUGAAAAAGUUUAUUAUAAAUCAGGAGGCAGUUCACAAGAAAAUCAAGUGUAACGUCUAAAGUCAGCCUGUAUUGUACAAUUUUCCAUUCAAGUUCAUCCAAGUGAACAACACAAACGAUCACAUUAAAACGAUUAAUGCACAAAUGUUGAUGUUGAUGAGAUUAUGAACAGAUGCCCAUUCCAUCGUCACAGCUAGUCAGAAUGUUCAGGAUUUCAGUUUACAAUGAAAAUGACAUUUAGAAUUAAUUUUCCCACCUGCAAAAAACUUAAAUCUGGCUGCAAGUUAAAUUUUUCAAAUCACAUUUAAUAUAUUUUUAUUUUAUUUAUUUAUUUAGUUUAUUUAAACAGGGACAGUGUACAAAGAACAUUAACCUUAUAUAAAACAAGGAAAGAUGUAAUGUACCGGGUUAUAGCAAUUUGCUAAUUUCCACCCGUAGUCCCUGGGCAACUACGGGUGGGCUACAUUUUUAUUGGAUUUUACCACAUCAGUUCCCAGUUACAACUGAUUUCCUGUUUCAAAACAUAAUUUCAUAAUUUAAGACAUUUUUCUUCCUGAAAAUUCUCUGAAACUCAGCUCCACAUAACUUUGUGAUGCAUCCUGAAAAGGCUUCCUCCACCCCCUAAAAUAAAUAAUUUCCCAUUAUUAUUCUGAAGGGAAACCUAACAUUAAAUUACUCUCUGAUUCUCAAUUGAUUAAAGCUGAUAUUAGGUGCCAAAAUUAAAAAAAAAAAAAAGUUUCUAUUGUGUAUUUUUUUAAAGCUUCUUUACUUUUAAUGGUGCUGCAACAAAUAGAUAAUUGUGUGCGUGUAGCGCAAGGCAGAUUCACUUAUGAAGUCUCUGAUGUUUAUUUAAAGAUGAUGCCUGCUUAAAGCAUUUACUACACUGACUACAUUUGUACGUUUUCUCAUUUGAGUGAAUCCUCUGGUGUUGUUUUAAAUUAGACGCCUGAUUAAAACUUUUGCCACACUGGA